AUGGAGGUGUAUCAGGAGGCACUUGCAGCUAGUCACAUCAAAGAUCUAAAUAGGACUUACCCUCCUACCUUUGAUGGCUUAGGUAGUGGCAUGAAGGAAGAGACAUGGUUAUUGGACUUGGGUAGGUGUUUUUCUAUGCGUCAAUGUAGUAGUAACACCAAGGCGAGAUGUGCAAUUUUAAAUCUUCAUGAUUUUGUAACAACAUGGUGGCACAUGGAGGAACAUAAGUUGCAUUUGGACAUAGCAGAGAUAUCUUGGGAAUUAUUCUUGGAGCGGUUUCAUGCUAGAUUUCUUUCAAAUCAUUGGAGGCAGAGGAAGGCCGAUGAGUUCCAUGAUUUGAGACAAAAAAGGAUGACUGUGGAGCAAUAUGAGUGUAGAUUCUUUGAGCUUAGACAAUAUGUUGGAUAUGCAGAUGAUGAGCUGAUGUUGAUUCAACACUUUGUGAGAGGUCUUAAUGAUCGUAUUGGUGGAGAGGUUUGGAUGCACAGACCUAAGACCUUAGAGGUAGCUAUGGAGAAGGCAAGACUAGCAGAGGAGAAUCUUUCAUUAGCACCAGGGGGAGAAAUUGGAGGAUAG